CCACCGCUGCCCUACGACGCCCACUAGAGAAGAGCCAGUCGGAGCGGCGCCGGAGUACCUCGGCGACCCCGAUCGCCUUCCUUGCCGCUGCGGGUCUGCCUGCACCGCGUCGCCUCGCCACUGCACCGACCCGCCACGGCCCCGCUAGCCUGACUCCACCGCCACCCUAGAGGAUGGAGGACCGUGAGUGGAUGUACACGGGCCGCGCAAGUCAGGGUCAGGUCACCAAUGAAUGGAUCGACAAGACCGAUGCUUUCUUGGAACGGGCAUUUGGCGUGGCUGCUAAAGGAGCGAGUAAAAUUUGCUAUCCCUGCAGCAAAUGUGCAAACAGGAAAAGACAAACGAAGAAGGUCAUGGGGGAACAUCUUUGGAAGAAUGGAUUUACGGCAGACUAUACCCGGUGGGUCUACCAUGGUGAAGCCGAUCGUAUGAGAGAGGAGGUGGUGAGACCACGCGUCGAGGAUUAUGAUGCUGAUGCCGGGGUAGCAAACAUGUUAAAUGACUAUCACGAGGCACAGUUCGCUGAAGGCCGUACGGAGGAGGAGCCAGAGGCAACCGCAAAGGCGUUCUACGACAUGUUUGCCGCGGCACAGAAACCCCUUCACGGCCAGACAAAGGUUUCUCAACUGGAUGCCAUUGGACGCAUAAUGGCGUUAAAGUCCCAGUAUAGCCUGAGUCGAGACGCCUUCGAUGGUAUGUUGACAGUUAUUGGCAGCCUGCUUCCGGAGGGUCACCUUCUGCCAAAGAGCAUGCACGAGUCACAGAAACUCCUUCGUGCACUUAAGAUGCCGUAUGAGCAGAUACAUGCUUGCCCGAAGGGGUGCGUCCUAUUUAGGAAAGAAUACGUGGAAGCAAAGUACUGUCCAAAGUGUAAAUCAUCUAGGUUCCUGGAGGUAGGUUCUGGUGAUGGCCAGAAGAGGCAGCUUGACAUUCCCGUGACAAUCCUACGGCACCUUCCGUUCAUACCGAGGAUCCAACGGCUAUACAUGACCGAGGAAUCCGCGAAACAGAUGACAUGGCACAAAAAUGGCAAACGAUACAAUCCUGACAGGAUGGUACAUGCAUCCGAUGGUGACGCAUGGACCCACUUUGAUGGCAUUCAUCAUGAGAAAGCUAAAGAGGCUCGUAAUGUACGUGUUGCGCUGGCAACAGAUGGGUUCAAUCCUUAUGGAAUGAUGGCUGCCCCAUACACAUGUUGGCCCGUGUUCGUUAUCCCCCUCAAUCUCCCCCCCGGCAUAUGCUUUCAACGACAGAACGUAUUCUUGUCGUUGAUAAUUCCUGGACACCCGGGGAAUAAUAUGGGUGUGUUCAUGGAGCCUGUGAUUGAUGAAUUGGUCCGUGCUUGGGAGGAAGGGGUAUGGACAUACGAUCGAGCUACAAAGAAAAACUUCAAAAUGCAUGUUUGGUACCACUACUCCCUGCAUGACUUCCUGGCGUAUGGGAUAUUCUGCGCCUGGUGUGUUCACGGGAAGUUCCCAUGCCCAGUAUGCAAGGAAGGUCUGAGGUUCAUUUGGUUGCAGAAGGGUGGCAAGUAUUCAUCGUUCGACAAACAUCGGCAAUUCCUCCCUCUUGACCAUGCAUUCAGACGAGACAUCAAGAACUUUACGAAAGGUGUCGUAGUGACAGACCCUGCACCACCGAUAAUGACUGGGGCCACGGUUCGUGAACAGAUAGAUGGUCUCGAGGUCAAUCCAGAAGGUGGUUUUGUGGGAUAUGCUUUGUGCCAAGGAGUUAUCUCGGACCGUGAUUGCUGA